UGCUUUUUCUGGCCAGACCGCAUGAAAUUGUUGUAUGUUGUGUUUAUAUUUUUGCUUAGUGUAGCUUCUGCCGGCUGGUAUGCAACUGUGGAAAAGUUGGUUUGCCUUUGGAUAGCCUAGCUUCGGGGCUAGUUAGGGACUGUCAAUAAAUUGCACAAUAUAAAUUAGACAAUAUUUUCAUUUUACACACCUUUUAUUUUUCUAAUUUAAUGCGUUCAAUAUUUGUAUAUGAAUUUAUACAAUUUAAAGUUGGUUUGAAGUUAAGCAAUUGAAAUGUGGAGCUAUUGGAAUUUUAACAUAUUGUCUAAUUUACCAAUGGUUCCUGACCAACCCCAUAGGGAUAUUCAAAGUAAACCCAAAUUUACCAUGGACAUUAUGAUUGGGUCGCAUGCAGCUGCAUUCCGAACUGAUUAUGGUCACGUUCCACUACUCAGACGCUGCAUGCAUCAACCAAUGGUUGCUCCCACAUCAUCGACUGUGUCACUAUCUAACAGGUUGCUAUAACAUAUGUGACUUGCUGAUACACAAAAUACCUAUCCAUACAUUGUAAAAAUCUAACAGGCGUCAGCCACACCUGGGCAGAGGAACACGCCCGAUUACUUGUGUGCUGCAAGCUGUGGGAAGGUUUGAAACAAACGCAACCUUCAUUUACGUUGGUCGUGUUCCCCUGCUCAGACUUUGCAUAUACAGGUUAGUUGUUGUAGACACAUGCGCAACUAUGGGACAAAACAGACAGGGUUGGCUUAGAUUAUUGACAACAUGUCAACUAUAUUUAGUCUCCAAUGUUUAUUGAAAACAUAAAUACAUUUGCACAAUGAGCACUUGUCUUAAAUGCAUCAUUAUAGUUGUUGGUUAGCUGGCUAGUGAAUUCGAGCCAUAUUACCAUAGCUGUGACAUCAGUCAAACACCUCAAAGCAAGACAUAGUAUCAAGAACCAGAUAAAACUAAACGAGCCACCUCCAAUUUCCAUAAUGGUUGUUUUUGUCAUUGUUGAUAGCGAUCUGGCCAUCCAGAAUCACAGUAACACAGAGACUUCUGCCCAAUUGAAGUGUGUGCAUCGUCUUUGUGAUGUUGUCAGCUAAUCCGUUAUUGGUGCUUUAGAGACAAAUUAAAUAAAAUGUUAUUGGUUGCAUACACAUGUUUAGAAUAUGUUAUGGCGGGUGUAGCGAAUGUUUGUGUUCCUAGCUCCAACAGUGCAGUAAUAUCUAACAAUAUACAACAAGACACACUAAUCUAGAAAGUAAAAUUAUGGAAUUUAGAAACAACUGAUCUUCAGGUCGGAAAGUCAGAGUUCUCGAAAGAUGCCCAAUUUUUCGACUUGGAAUUCCGAGUUGGAUGACUUGUUCAAUCCGAUUUUCCAGUUGUCUUGAACGCACUGAAGUUAGAGAUUUUAGAGUUUCGAGUUCCCAGUUGUUUUGAACGUGUAAUAUUCACGUCAUCGACUGACAGAUUGCUAUAACAUAUGAUGUGGUUAGCUGAUACUUAAAAUACCUUUCCAUGCGUUGUAAGAUCUGACAGGCGUCAGCAACACCUGGGCAAAGGAAUUCGCCAAUUGUAAUGCUGUCAUGACCAGAAGUCUCACAAAACUCAGUUUUGGACAAGACUAACUUUAUGACCAAAAUUAUCCUAUUUACACUUUGUAGUCAAUUUUGACCGUAGAAUAAAUGUUUCUGACUCAUAUCGAUGCACAUGGGGUGUUUUCGAAAUAAGAAGUUGGUUUAAACUUUUAAACGUGAACUUCAACCGGGUAUCAGAGUUGUUACGUCCCAAGGAUCUCAUUUAGACUUCUCCAUAAUUAAAGUCAAACGUCACGUUUCUACUUCUUAUCGUACCUGAUUGGAUGGAUAGUUGUUAUCCCCUACAGAUAGGGGAUCAGUCUACAGUUAAAAAAUGACAAAUAAUUAUAACGACGGCUAUUUUUCUCGUUGGAUGGUCUCAUAACUAUUUUACUUCCCAUAGUCUGUUCAUGGUUCAUCUUUAUCGUUAAUCUGAUCUUUCUCAGUUUGCUGACUUUUUCUUCAAUACUGUAAAGGCAAAAUGUAAGCGUAAGCAGGGCGUUCCCAUUCGACUCGUGUGCCACGUCAAAGCGAUGUAGGAGGUGUACUCGAGGGGGCGGGGGGCACGGUGGCCAAUACAAUAAUCUGCUGUUCGACGCUGUCCGGUCAAAUUGAUUCAUAGACACAGCGUUGAAGGUAGAUUCCCUAGAGGAUUUUAUUUUAGCCCUAACCCAGCAGUGUGAUCAUUGUCAUGGAGAGCACCAGAAGCAGACUGGCCCAUAGGCUAGCUGAAGCCGGCCAGUCUCACCUUGUGCAGUUCUGGGACGAGCUGACCCCCGAGCAGCAAGCUGAGAUGACCUCUGACUUAGAAGCUAUGGACUUCCAGGAGAUCAACAAGUUCUUCCGCAGCGCCAUGGAGGUGUCGCACAGCAGCAAGCAGGAGAAGAUGGAUGCCCGCAUGGAGCCAGUGCCCAGGGAGGUGUUGGGCAGCGUGACCAGGGACAGAGACUGCCUCAAGGACUGGGAAGAGAAGGGUAUGCGGUGUAUCUCCCAGAGCAGCGUGGCUGUUCUCCUGCUAGCGGGCGGCCAGGGGACCAGGCUGGGGGUUUCCUACCCUAAAGGCAUGUACGACGUGGGCCUGCCUUCCCACAAGACCCUGUUCCAGAUCCAGGCAGAGAGGAUACUGAGGCUGCAACAGCUGGCAGAACAGAGACAUGGAGCCAAGUGCUGCAUCCCCUGGUACAUCAUGACGAGCGGCCGGACCAUGGAGUCAACUAAAACGUUUUUUUCGCGCCACAGCUACUUUGGGUUGUGCAAAGACAACGUGAUAUUCUUCCAGCAGGGCAUGCUGCCUGCCAUGGACUACAAUGGCAAGAUCAUCCUGGAGAGCAAAAACAAGCUGGCCAUGGCCCCAGAUGGUAACGGGGGUCUUUACAGAGCUCUGGGUACCCAGGGGAUCGUGGAGGACAUGGAUCAGAGGGGGGUCAAGUUCAUCCAUGUCUACUGUGUGGACAACAUCCUGGUUAAAGUAGCAGACCCUGCCUUUGUUGGCUUCUGUGUCCAGAAAGGAGGAGAUUGUGGGGCUAAGGUGGUGGAGAAGACCAAUCCAACGGAGGCGGUGGGCGUGGUCUGUAAGGUCGACGGACGUUACCAGGUGGUAGAGUACAGCGAGAUCACCUUGGCUACGGCUGAGAAGCGCAGCGCGGACGGACGGCUGAUGUUCAAUGCAGGAAACGUGGCCAAUCACUUCUUCACCCUAGCCUUCCUCAGAGACAUCGUCCAGACGUUUGAGCCUCAGCUGCAGCAUCACGUGGCCCAGAAGAAAAUCCUGUAUGUGGACACGCAGGGACGGCUAAUCAAACCCGACAAACCCAACGGGAUUAAAAUGGAAAAAUUUGUCUUUGACAUAUUCCAGUUUGCCAAGGCCUUUGUGGUGUAUGAGGUUCUUCGUGAAGACGAGUUUUCUGCCCUGAAGAACGCCGACAGCCAGGACGGUAAAGACACGCCCACCACGGUGAAACACGCCCUCAUGUCCCUGCAUCACCGCUGGGUCCUCAAUGCUGCAGGACACUUUAUAGACGAGAACGGGACACGUGUGCCUGCUAUACCCAGAGAUGGACCUGCAGGAUGUGGCACAGCUGAUGUCAACCAGAAUCUGAAGGAUGGAACAGACCUGCCAAUCAAAUGUGAGAUCUCCCCACUGGUGUCCUAUGGCGGAGAGGGUUUGGAGGAGCUGGUGAGUGGGCGAGAGUUCCGCCCUACCCUGGUCAUCGAUGAAAGUGGAGCCCACGAACUGGUGAAGAAUGGCUUGUGAGGGAUGGAAAAUGGAGGGAGGGAGAGAGAGCGAGUGAGCAAAAACCAGAGAUGAGCCAAAGACCUAUUCCACUCCCUCUCCUCCUCCCUACAACUGGAAGAAACUGUGAUGUUUGUUUCCGUGCAAUAAUGCUGCGUUCAUUUGCUUUCCUAAAUAAUUUAAACACAAUGCAUUUCCAACAUCCCAAAACAAAACAAAAAAAGCUUCUUAAUUGGAAUUAUAAGUGGGAAACCCGUACUAUAACUCAGUACCAUGAGAUCCAACCCCCAGUUGGAAUGUUUUCCAAAUGUUUUUUUUUCUUCUGAGGAGCACGUGGCCGCAGCACAGGAUGAAGGACAGAAGCCUUGUGGGGCUGGAUGAAGCAGUCUGAAGAUCAAGCUAUUUAUUUUGCUUAAGUCCAAUAUUUUUUAUCUGUCUUGUAGAUGGAAAUUACCACCUAUGCAUUUUACCAAGUGAUUUGUACAUACCGAUACAAAUAGAGAUAGGUAUAGCAAUUGUAGUCAGAUGAACCUAAUAUAAAUGAUUGAUUUAUUAUUAACAUGUAAUGUUGGUUCAUGGAAAGAGUUUUUAAUGAUAACUGGGUUGCAUAGCACACUACUGCUAGUCUUCUGCCUGAUUGGCUUCCAAAUGAAGCUGUUCACAUAAGAAUUGUUUUCCAUUUUCUUUAUUAAAGAAAUAUCCAAUUUGAA